AUGAAUUUAGAAAAAGAAAUUUGUAAAUGUAAUACUUGUUUAAUUAUAAAUCCAAAUGGCCGAAAACUUAGCAAGCGAAUUAAACAACAACAUGAAAAAAACAAAAAAUGUUUAUAUGAUAAAGAUGGAAUUAUUGUUGGAGAAGUAUAUUCUAAAAAAAGAAGAGUUAAUAAAUCGAAUAAUCAAGACAAAAAAUUACAAUAUAAAGAAUCAGAACAAUAUGAGGAUUUAGAGCAAUAUGAAGAUUUAGAACAGUAUAAGAAUUUAGAGCAACAUGAAGAUUUAGAACAAUAUGAAAAUUUAGAACAAUAUGAUUUUGAGCGAUGUAAUAAGUUAGAAAACUAUGAAGAAUUUAAAGAAUUAGAACAAUAUAAAAAAUUAAAUCAAUGCAAUUUAAUUUAUAAUAUUGAAG